AUGACAGAAUUGAAAAGUCGAAGAUUAUUAUUGAUGCUCUCAAUUGGUAUUGCAAAUGCUCUUUGGAAUGAUGGUCCAUGUAAAUCUGAUGAUUGCUGGAAACAACGAGCACGAGAGAUUGAAGAAAGUUUAGAUGUCACCAUUGAUCCAUGUGAUAAUUUCUAUGCAUUUUCAUGUGGUGGAUGGAUGAAAAAAAAUCCAGCACCUCGUUAUUAUAAAUCUUGGACACCUGCAAAUGUCUACGAGCAUAAAAUGAUGAAUAUAUUUGCUAAACAACGAGAUGAAACUGGCUUUGAUAUUAUUGAAAGUCUUGAGAUUAUCGGUGGAUGGCCAAUUUUGGGUGAUAAAUAUCAAACACCUCUUGAAGUUAUACCAAGCGUUAUUUUGCCUGUGAUAACAAAAGUCUUUGGUGUUGACACAAAUUCAACAGAGGUAAAACAAUAUAUCAAUAAUAUUGUCAAAGUUGUCAAAGAAAUUUCAAUAAACAGAAAUAUACCAUUUAACACCAUAAAAGUGCUACAAGAUGCAAAUGAUAUUAUUAAUUUUCAAUUGGAAUUAAUUGAGGUUAAAAAAAAAUCAUCACUUGGAAAACCAGAAUUAUUUCAAGGUUCUGAUGACUUCAAGAAUUGGUUCGACCUCCAUUUAUCUGGAAUCAAUAAUUCUCAUGCGCUCCGUUUUUGUUACUUGAAUCCUUUUCCUCCGUUUUCAUCAAAGGAAAAUGUAGAUACUGAAUUCGCCGUAGAAAACAUUGAAAUAUUGGAAAACUUGAUUGUAUUAUUUGACAAUACUAAACCAGAUACACUACAAAAUUUUAUAAUAUGGGAUUUGGUUUAUAAAUAUCUAAAAUUUAUGCCAACAAGAAUGUAUGAUAUUGAAUAUGAGCUCAACAACAUUGGCAAAGAAACUCUAGGAUUAUUUCUUAAUCGUGAGGAACGUUGCAUCAGAAGUCUGCCAUUUUUAUCAGCACUAGUUCUAAAAUUUCUUUCAGUAUAUUAUCCUGAAAAUUAUAAAAAUUCUAGCAAGGAUAUAAUCACUAAAGUAAUCGAAAGUAGCCAAGAAUAUGUAAACAAAACAUCAUGGAUGUUUUCUGAAUGGAAAAAUUCAGUAUCACUAAGAAUUCCAGAUUUAUUUCAAUAUAAUUAUUAUUUAUUUUUCAACAAUAAUUCCAUCGAUGAAAUUUAUGGAUAUCCAAAAAUUUUUACUAAUAAUUACAUGGAAGAUUCUUUACGGAUUUCUCGAUUGGAACGCCACAGACUACUACAACAAUAUGAUAGACCUCUUCUUGACGCAAAAAAUCUAUAUUUUUUUGAUGGAUCGAUCGUUAUAUCAAUUUUGAGUCAUCUACUGUCAAAAUUUCAGCCGAACGUUCCACAAGCAUCAAAUUAUGGACCAGCCGCAACUGUAGUUGGUCUAUCAAUUAGACCUAUUUUCGGUUUGAUCGAUACAGUUUUUUAUAUUUCGGAAAGUGAUAAUGUCGACUUUAUGACAAACGAUAUGAAAAAUGAAUUUUUACGACGAUAUUAUACUUUUAAAAUGCAAUUCCAUAAUAAUUCUACAACUUAUGGAUUGUCAAAUGAUACAAUAUUAAAUGCAAUCAUUUUAAGGAUAAUUGAGAUAUCAUAUUUAGAAGACAACUUUGGAAUUCCUGCAGCUUUUGCAGCUUAUGAAAAAAAUAAAACACCAGAAGAUGAGGAAAUUUCAUUGCCAAAUUAUCCAAUGUAUAAAGAUAAAAAACUUUUUUUUAUAUCUUAUGCAAGUGUAAGUGUAUAA